UCCGUGUUUGUGUGAUCAGGGAGGGUAGCACUAGCUCGCGCAGCUAGAAGAGCGGCUCUGUCUCCACAGUUUCAUUCAUACGGGAGAGUUACAAUAAGCAAAAGGCCAGCAGGGAAAAUGCCGAUUGAACUGAAACAUGUCUUUGCCAGUCUCCCUCAGAUGGAGAGGGGAGUUGCAAAGGUGAUUGGUGGCGAUCCCAAAGGAAACAACUUUCUCUACACCAAUGGAAAGUGUGUCAUCAUCAGGAAUAUUGAAAAUCCUGCUAUUGCCGACAUUUACACUGAGCAUCCUCAUCAAGUUACGGUCGCCAAGUACGCCCCCAGUGGAUUCUACAUUGCAUCUGGAGAUGUGUCAGGAAAAAUUCGUAUCUGGGACACCACCCAGAAGGAGCACCUCCUCAAGUACGAGUACACCCCUAUUUCAGGGAAGGUCAAGGACAUAGCAUGGACAGAGGACAGCAAGAGGAUUGCUGUUGUUGGCGAUGGACGAGAGAAGUUUGGAUCAGUGUUCCUAUGGGACUCUGGCUCAUCGGUGGGAGACCUUUCUGGACAUUCAAAGUUAAUCAACAGUGUAGACAUCAGACAGAAACGUCCAUACCGCCUUGCUCUUGCCAGUGAUGACACCAGUGCGUCCUUCUUUGAGGGACCCCCCUUCAAGUUCAAGUUCACAUUAAGGGACCACAGCCAGUUUGUGAACUGCGUUCGUUUCUCUCCAGACGGAAGCCGGUUCGUCACAGCUGGAGCUGAUGGUCAGAUAUUUGUUUACGAUGGAACAAGCGGUGAACAGGUUGGAUCACUGGGUGGAGAGAAGGCCCACAAAGGAGGAAUCUAUGCUGUCAGCUGGAGCCCUGACAGUUCCCAGCUGAUUUCUGCCUCGGGGGACAAGACGGUGAAGCUGUGGGACGUUGGUGCAGGUACGGCAGUCACCACCUUCAACCUGGGCUCUGAAGUUACCGACCAGCAGCUGGGCUGUUUGUGGCAGAAAAACCACAUCCUCAGCAUCUCCUUGUCAGGAUUCAUCAACUACCUGGACAAGAACAGUCCUGACCGGCCCAUACGCACCAUCAAGGGUCAUACAAAAUCCAUCCAGUGUUUGACAAUUCACAAAAGUGAAGGUCGAUCGUACAUCUACUCAGGGAGCCACGAUGGACACAUUAAUUAUUGGGAUGCAGAGACUGGGCAGAAUGACUGCUUCAAAGGGAAGGGCCACAGCAACCAGGUGAGCAAGAUGGUGACUGAUGAAGCCGGACAUCUGGUGUCAUGCAGCAUGGAUGACACACUACGCUUUACAAACCUCAACAAGAAAGAGUAUAGUGCCUCUGAUGUGGUAAAAAUGGAUUUCCAGCCUAAAAGUGUAUCUGUAGCUGCGAGAGGCCUCUCUCUGGCUGUGUGCAUCGGGCAGCUUGUUUUACUGAAAGACCAGAAGAAAGUUUUCACUUUGGACAAUCUUGGCUACGAAGCAGAGGUUGGAGUCCUCCACCCCAGUGGCACCACUGCUGCAGUUGGAGGAGCAGAUGGAAAGGUCCACCUGUACUCUACUCAGAGCAACACUCUGAAGGAGGAGGGUAAAUCUCUUGAGGUUAAAGGGCCCAUUACGGACAUGGCCUACUCUGAUGAUGGAGCCUAUCUGGCUGUCCUCGAUGAUAAGAAAGUGGCUACGGUUUACAAUGUGGCAGAUGGAUAUACGAUAAAGAAUGAGUUUUAUGGACAUCAUGCCAAACCAGUGACAUUGGCCUGGUCACCUGAUAAUGAGCACUUUGCCACGGGUGGGAUGGACAUGAUGGUGUAUGUCUGGACACUCGGCGAUCCUGACAAGAGGAUUAAACUUCCAGAUGCUCAUCGUUUGCACCACGCCAGCGGCUUGGCCUGGCUAGACGAGCACACUUUAGUUACCACCUCCCAUGACGCCAGCGUCAAGCAGUGGACGAUUACAUACUGAUCCACAGGCAAACCUUCACAUCUGCAGGGACAAGGACUACUGUAGGAUUCAAGCUUCUUUUUAUGUACUGUCAAACAUCUAAACACUGUUCUGUGCUUUCUGUAAACAUCUGAAGUGUAAAUGGUUAACCUUUGGAAUAACUUGCAACAGAUUGUCUGUUUUAAUGCAAUUCAUCUAAGAAACGAAAUGUUGAAAUGAACUUUGUAACCAUGAAACGUGAGCAAUGUAAUCAUUCCAUAGUUUUCCUUGUCGGUAGUUGGGAUCUGUGUUUCCUAACUUACAGGAGGAACCAAAAGCUUUUAAAUUUAAAUCAGGCAGAAUGUAUGGAAGAAAUGAAACCUCUUGGUUACAUUCCUUAAAUGGACAGUAACUGGUCCCAGCUGCAGCUGCGAGUCAUUAUUAUUAUUUUUUUGUGUAUAAGGUUAAAUGGGGAUGAGUGCAUGUUGCCGUUUUCUUUGGCCUAAAUUAACUACUUCCUGUUGGACUGGGGA